AUGUCGACUGCUAUGAAUUUUGGGACAAAAAGCUUCCAGCCGUGGCCCCUGGACAAAGGCAGCUUCCCGCUGGACCACUUCGGCGAAUGUAAAAACUUCAAAGAGAAAUUCAUGAAGUGUCUCCGGGACAAUCGUUUCGAAAAUGCUUUGUGUAGAAAUGAAUGCAAAGAGUACUCAGAGUGCAGGAUGGAGAGGCAGCUGGUGGCAGCAGAGCCGCUGGAGAAGCUGGGGUUUGCAGAUCUAAUGGAUGGAAAGUCAGAGGCAGAGACAAGUUUUGAUGAGAAGGCCACCACAGGUCAUGUCCAUGGCUGCUGGAAGCAAAGCUCACCCCACUGA